GCAUUCUUGAUUUUUGAGUCAAAAUAUAAGCAGGAACAAGAAUCGCAACCCGGGUAGGCAGGGCAGAAGUGCAACUAGGAAGAGCUGGCUUGCACAACUGGGAUUGCUUUUCUGUUCCGCUCGAAGGGUGUACAAUGACUCUCGGAGUCAAAAUAUAAGCAGGAACAAGAAUCGCAACCCUGGUAGGCAGGGCAGAAGUGCAACAAGGAAGAGCUGGCUUGCACAACUGGGGUUGCUUUUCUGUUCCGCUCGAAGGGUGUACAAUGACUCUCGGAGUCAAAAUAUAAGCAGGAACAAGAAUCGCAACCCUGGUAGGCAGGGCAGAAGUGCAACAAGGAAGAGCUGGCUUGCACAACUGGGGUUGCUUUUCUGAUCCGCUCGUAGGGCGUACAAUGAACCAUUGCUGACGUGUUUCGAGCAAAGGUCGUUCCUAUUUUUUUUCCCACAACAAGCUUCGGUGACCAGAGAACUAAGUGCAGAGAGACAGAUACUCGACGCGUGCUUACAGACUAGUCGCGAUGAACUUCUUCUUGGAGACGCUCUGCACGUUGCUGCUCUGGCUGUAUUACAGCCUGGAAGCGCUGGUGAUGCUGGUGGUGCCGGCUCGGAGGAAGAAUGUGAGCGGGGAGAUUGUGCUGGUGACGGGCGCUGGCAGCGGCAUUGGACGUCUCGUGGCGCUCCGCUUCGCCGGCCUGGACACCGCGCUCGUGCUCUGGGACAUCAAUGCAGAGGGCAUCAAGGAGACGGAGCGGCUGGCCCGGCAACAGGGGGCCUCCAGGGUCCACACUUACGUGUGCGACUGCAGCAAGAGAGCAUCCGUGUACGAAGUGGCAGACAAGGUGAAGAGGGAAGUUGGAGAUGUUAGUAUUUUGAUAAACAAUGCAGGUAUUGUUACUGGAAAGAAAUUCAUUGAUUCACCCGAUGAGUUACUAGAAAAAACUAUGGCAGUGAAUGCUGUUGCACAUUUUUGGACCUACAAAGCAUUUCUGCCUGCAAUGAUUGCCCGUAACCAUGGCCAUCUGGUUAGCAUUGCCAGUUCAGCUGGCUUCUUUCCAGUGAACGGAUUGGCAGGUAAGAAUCAAUUCUGCGGUUUAUUGAUGAUUUUCUUUAUUAAUUAUAUUUUGAUUAAGAUGUGA